AUGCGUGAGAAAACCAGCUGGGGGCAGCCAUGUCCUCUUCACAGCCUGUGCAGGGGUGAAGCUGCCAAAAGAGGACAGGCGCACGAGUGGGAGGCUCGGGUCUGUGAGUGUCAACUGAGAACUUGCACUGUUGCAGUUAACCUUCAAAGACAGCAGUGCUUUGACACUGGGGUCGGCCGGAUCUGGGAAGACGUUACCCCGAUAAUCUACAUCCUUCAGGGCCGACCAUCUAAAAUCAGGAUGGAAGCUCAAGGAGAAAAAAGGCAAACCUGUGGGACAAUUUGUCUGAAAUAUCUACUUUUUCUCUUCAAUAUUCUUUUUUGGCUGGCAGGAGGGGCUGUGCUGGCAGUGGGAGUGUGGACUCUGAUGGAGAAGAGUGACUACAUCAGUUUACUCGACUCCAGCUUCUACUCCGCCUCAGCGUAUAUCCUCAUAGCCGCUGGGGUCAUCGUGAUACUGACCGGGAUCAUCGGCUGCUGUGCCACUCUGAAAGAGAUGAAGAGUCUUUUGAUUGUGUAUUUGAUCUUGUUGCUAAGUAUUUUCCUUUUGGAGAUCAUUGCUGGCGUGCUGGCUUUUAUUAAGUACCAAGAGUGUUUCCCUCUCUGCUACCAGCUGGACGAGGAGCUCAGACAGAACCUGAAGGUGACCAUGCAGCAGAAAUACCAGCGGCCUGGCGAGGAGAGCGUCACGCAGGCUGUGGAUAAACUUCAGCAGGAGUUUAAAUGUUGUGGCAGUCACAACUCCUCAGACUGGAUGGGCAGUGUGUGGAUCCAGGCCGUAGAAAAUGAGCGACUUGUCCCUGACAGCUGCUGUAAAACUCCCAGUGACCUCUGCGGCCUCAGGGACCAUCCCUCCAACAUCUACAAGGUGGAGGGAGGCUGCAUUGUGAAACUAGAGGAGUUCAUCCUGAGUCAGCUGUAUAUCCUGGGUGCAGUGGGAAUUGGGAUUGCGUUUCUACAGCUUGUUGGGAUGAUGUUUACUUGCUGCCUUUAUCGAAGUUUGAAAGAAGAUCCAUACUGAUUUUUGAAAUAUUUAAUAUCACAAAAGUAACAUCAAUAGUUGUAAAAUGUUGGAUUGAAUACUUUGAUGCCCCCAAAAAUUACAUGGAUCCAAAUACUGUGAAGUUGCCAAUUAACAAUUACCACCAUGUUGAAAACACACAAGCAAAAGCAAUAUUUUAUUGCUGCUGGGCAGCACUUUUCUUUUUCUGCUGGAUCCCAUUGCAUGUUUAGAGUAUCUUCCCUUUUAUGUCAAUAUAUUGUUGUAUUUUUUUGAACUUGUAACCAAAGAUAAAAUAAAAAAGAGCAGACAAAUAUAAGCAUGCUUUGAUGAUAUCUUCUACCAGUUUGACUUGUUCUUUAUCUGUGUUUUUUAAAUGUAUGUUUACCAAAUGCAUAUUUUUAAAAUGGAUAAUAUUGUAACUCUUAAUGUUGAAAAGUUCAAAUAAAAAUGUCUGGCAUUAA